AUGAAGCGUAAACGGCUUCUGUUGACGCAAGAGGAAGAGGCGUUAGUGAAGGUCGUGAGGGACUUUGACGGGAAAGGCGACCCAUUUUGCGGAAGUGUUAAGCUAUUGAAAGAAUUUUUGGGUCUCCUUGGUUUCAGCGUCGAAAUCAAAGUCGAAGGCACCCUCUCAGGAGGUCGGGUCGAGUUUGUCGUAAAGUUCAUGGACGAAAUCGUGCUGAAAAUCGUGGAAUCCGCUGUCAUGAUGAAUCGCGUGGACAACCGCAAUAUCCCUUCUGUCGUCGGAAUAGUGUCCAAUGCGGCUACCUGGGCAUUUGUUCUCCACACUCCUGACGAAUCGCCUCAAUUCGCCCAAAGCGACGACUUCUCAUUGCAGUUCCAUUUGGACUCCACUAACGUGAAGGAGCGCAUAAGAGAGAUUGCUGAGCGUGUAUUCGGUCUAACGUUUCAUCAAUGGAUUGCGGCCCUUCGUGCGGUAGACGAGCAGGGCCGUAUGGAGUACGGUCUCUCGGUCUCUGACGAUAUUCCCAACCGGCUGGCGGAUCUCAAGUUGUCAGCCGGUUGGGAAUAUCGUCAUAGUUUGGAGGACCGAGGAAAUUGUGAACGCGCCAGGCUCGCUCUCCGCCGGGCGCGUGGAAUUCAAGAGUUGUUGGAGAAUAAUCAAUUUGUUGAACUCCUAUCGAACAGCUUACGCAAAGCACAACGCGAUCAAAGAAAGCCCUGA